AUGUUUGCGUAUACGUGCAUGAAAUCAAAUGGUACUCAUUUGGGUACCUGCAUAGAUAGAUUUUACUUCGGAUCGUGUUGUAAAAUCGAAGGUGGUAAUAAUAAUAACGAUUUAUUAGUGGAUAAUCACAUUAACUUUCAAUUGAUAAAUAAUAAUCAAGUUUCGUCAUCGAACGUUCACGAUAAUAAUAACGUUCAAAGUGUGCCGACAACGUCACUGCCUAAUUUAUUAGUCAAUAGAUAUACGGUGACCAGUGAUGAUGAUAAUAAUAAGUUAAGUACUUUACCCAAAACGGAGUCGCCGCCACCAUAUUCGGGUUCUUACGGUGGUGCCUUCAAUGGUGAAAAGACUGAAAUUAAUUCGGCGCAACAAUUAGUAACGGAAAGUUAUACAUCAACUCCGAACACGGAAAAAAUAUACAUUCCUGUUUUAACGUCACAUAAACCGAACAAAACGGAAAAUGUUAGCUCAAGUUCAGGUUUUUUCACGACGCACGGGUCAAGUUCAAGUAUAUUUAGUAGUGUAACAAAAAGGCCAACGUUACAAAAUCAGGGUUUAGCGAAUAAUACGUCAUCACAUUACGUUCAAAUAACUACUCCAUCGUAUUUUCUGUCGACGUUUCAAGUCGUUCACGAAAAUAAUAAUAAUACCUAUAAUGUAAUUUCAACGACGAAACCUACAACGAAAAUAUCAGGAGUCAAUAACUCAUCAACGACUGAACCGGCAACCACGUGGACUCCAAUCAAACACGUAACGACAACGUCUUCCACGCAAAUAAGAAAAAAUACAACGACCAUUUCAUCGAAACCUUUCUCGUCGACCACGACGAAAAAACCUUACAAACCUAUCAAACCGAUCACGACGACGAGAAAACCUACGCCGACUAAAAAACCAACUCAAAAACCAAUAAUAAAACCUUCUGGAACGACAAUACAAACGACAAAGUUGCCACCGGUUAAAAAACCCACGCAAACAACCCAAAGUAAUAGAGUGACCACGACGAAACCGACAGCUCCUAUAAAAAAACCCAUACAACCAACUAAAAAACCAGUUUUUUCAUCACCCAAACCGACAACAUUUAAACCGGUAGCAACCAUCAAACCUCCGGGUUCGUCAAAACCGACAAUAAUAAAACCUUCACCGUCAAAACCUGGCAUAUCAAAACCUAGUUCUCCAAAACCCGCAAUCAUUUCAACCACCCAUCAUCGACCAACACCUACCCGGUCUACAACAACAUCAAAAACAACAUUUUUAACGAAACGUCCAUCGACGACAACAACAGUACCUCCAUUUACAAGACCCUCCCUUAACACUGUAUCUAUGCUCACGAGGCCGACGUCACAGUUUGGAAUAACAACUUUCCGUCCGGAUUUAUCACAAACAACAACAACAACCAAAAGGCCGGAUAUAAUGACGGAAUUUUUAUUAACAACCUUUAAAAACACAAACAUUAUAUCUCAACCGGUUUGUGGACGAAGAUUAUUUCCACAAUCAAGAGUUGUCGGAGGUGAAAAAUCAACAUUUGGAAAAUGGCCGUGGCAAAUAUCAUUAAGGCAAUGGAGAACGUCGACUUAUCUACAUAAAUGCGGUGCUGCUUUACUUAAUGAAAAUUGGGCAAUUACCGCCGCUCAUUGCGUCGAAAACGUACCGCCGAGCGAUUUGCUGUUGAGGUUAGGUGAACACGAUUUAUCUACGGAAGAUGAACCUUAUGGAUUUCAGGAACGAAGGGUUCAAAUAGUGGCUAGUCAUCCUCAAUUUGAUCCUCGAACAUUCGAAUACGAUUUAGCUUUAUUAAGGUUUUACGAACCGGUUAAAUUUCAACCUAACAUCAUACCCGUUUGCGUACCUGAAGACAAUACGAAUUUCGUGGGUCAAACUGCUUACGUCACAGGAUGGGGCCGUUUAUACGAAGAUGGACCACUUCCGAGCGUUUUACAAGAAGUUUCCGUACCUGUAAUAAAUAACACAUUGUGCGAAAAUAUGUACAGAUCGGCAGGUUACAUAGAACACAUACCCGAAAUAUUUAUUUGCGCGGGUUGGAAAAAAGGUGGAUUCGAUUCUUGCGAGGGUGAUUCUGGUGGGCCGAUGGUCAUACAAAGACCUGAUAAAAGAUGGCUACUUGCUGGAGUCAUAUCUUGGGGUAUUGGAUGUGCCGAACCAAAUCAACCUGGAGUUUAUACGAGAAUUUCAGAAUUUAGAGAUUGGAUUCAUCAAAUAUUACAAUUUUAA